GACAUUUAUAUUAUAUGAUAAAUGUCAUCUCAUACAUAUAGAUAUAUAUAGUCUAAAUAGUUAUUUUUUUAACUAAAUAGGAAAUAUUCCUAUAUUUCUUUUAAUUUAAUAAUCAGGAAUUUGGAUUUAGCACUAUUUAAAAUGAAUAAUUUGUUGAGAAGACAUGUAAUAUCAAUUUACAAUAAUUCCGUGAAGCUUUCCUUUCGAUCUUUCGCCGAUGUUCCGAUUAAGGACAAAAUUGAUCAAAUUGUGAAAAAUAACAAGGUUGUAGUUUUUAUGAAAGGUGUUCCAGAUGCUCCAAGAUGUGGCUUUAGCAAUGCUGUAGUUCAAAUAAUGAGAAUGCAUGCUGUUCCUUAUGAAAGUCAUGAUGUUCUUUCAGAUGAAAAUCUUAGACAAGGAAUUAAAGACUAUUCAAAUUGGCCAACAAUCCCUCAAGUUUUUAUCAAUGGAGAGUUUGUUGGUGGCUGCGAUAUUAUGUUGCAAAUGCAUCAGUCUGGUGAACUUGUUGAGGAAUUGAAGAAAGUUGGUAUAAAGAGUGCAUUACUCACAGCUGAACCACCAAAGGAUGAAGAGAAAAAAUAAUUUAUAAUAAUUAAAUUAUAGGAACAAUCUCUAUAGAAAUUGUUAAUUAGUGGUCAACCUUUUAGGCUGUUAUUUAUUGUUGUAACAGAAAGUAAUGAAUAACAAAAAAAAAAAAAUUGUGAAAGAAAAGGCCAAUAUGAAUAAAAUUUUAAAAUCAUUACUUUAACACAGAAAACAACUAGUCAUUCAGUUUAAUUCCCUUACAUUUUUAUUUAUAUACUAGCUUUUGCCUUAUUUAUUUUUAUUAUUAUUAUAUAUGAACUUGUAUAUAUGUGAUUUUAGAAGUUUUAACCCCUUAGGUGUUUAAUUUUCAAAAUUCUUAUAUAGGAUAGAAGGAACAGGUUGGCCAGAAUGAAAACAGCUGAUUCAGAUGAAUAUAAUUAAAGAUUCUUAGUUUUUGAAGCCCCAUAAUAUAUUUGACAUUUUACUAUUCAUAUCUCAUAAUCAAUGGUGCUUUGUUAUACAUAGUUUUUGUAUGCUUGUAGUGUUGACCUUACACAUAUAUAUUAUUUCUUUUUAUUAUGACAUAAUAACAGAUUACAUGAAUUUAAAUGAAAAAAAAAUUUAAAUUUUCCAGACAGAAUUUCCAGUGGUUUUCAGUUCAGAAUUAUGGUCUAAAUUCACUGUUUCAGUUUUUGUCAACCUGUCCCUUAUACCCUGUACAACAUAAGUGAACCUGUGUUAUAUAAAUAAGCUAUUUGUAAAAUUUCAAAAUACUGGAUAGUGGUUUUGGCUAUGCAUUGAUAUAUGUUAGUCAGUAACUCAUGUUGAGUUGUAAAUAUACCAGAUUAUCUUCAGCAGGGUUGACCAUAAUUUUGUUUCUAUUUAGAAAAUAGGUUAACAAAUUUCUGUAUACCUUACUGAAAUGUGCAUUUUAUUGAUAAAUAGAAUAUAAUAAAUAGCAUCAUAUCUAUUAUUAACUCAUAUGUAUAUUAUUCCUUUAAUGGAUCAUUUUAAAUGUGUUAAAUGCAUCAUUAUAACAUGUUUUAUCAAAUUUAUUGACAACAUGUGAAUGCUAUAUUGUAAAUAUUGGUAGAUAGCUUGAAGGAAUGUUUAUGGUAGUAUUUUAUUUUAUAAUGAAUAGAUAUCAAAUUCAUUGUUUGUUAUCCUUAUUGGUAUAAAUAUAAAUUGUGUAAAAAUGAA